AUGAUCUUAAAGAAAGCGAAGACGAACCUGGGGAAGCGGACGCUCAUGAAGAAAGCGCCGAAACUCGUCGAGAAGGACGGGAAGAUGUGCAUCAUGCUCCACGGCGGGAAGAGCAGCCAGGUCUUAAAGAACCUCGUGACCGACCUCGCGGUCAUGAAGAAAGGCGAGUGCCACAAGAUGACGAAGAAGAACGACGGCAUCCGCCCGUUCGAAGGCGGCGGGGAGACGUCUCUGGAGUUUUACGCGCAGAAAGCGGACGCGGGCGCGUUCGUGCUCGGGACCGAUCAGAAGAAAAGGCCGGACUGCCUCACCGUCGGACGGUUCUUCGAUUACCACCUCUUCGACAUGGUCGAACUCCUGGUGAAAGACUACAAAGGCAUCCGAGAGUUCGGCGCGACCGGGAACCAGGCCGUCGCCGGGUCGAGACCGUGCAUGGUGUUCGUCGGCGACAGGUUCGAGACGGAGCCCGGGCUGAAGCUCGCGAAGAACAUCCUUCUGGACGUCUUCAGGGGGCGGCCGGCGUCGAGGAUCAACCUGAAAGGCGUGGACCGCGUCAUCGUGCUCACCGCGUUAGAGGACAAGGUGAUGUUCCGUCAGUGCGCGAUCAAGUUUAAGAAGUCCGGGACGCGGAUGCCGAAGGUGGAGCUUCACGAGAUGGGGCCGUCGUUUGACUUCACGCUGGGACGCACGCAACAGGCGCCGUCGGACGUCAAGAAGCAGGCGUACGCGAAGGCGAAGUCGGGGAAGAAGAUCAAGAACGUGUCGCAGGACUCGUUGGAAGGGAAGGUUGGGCGGAUAUACGUCGAGAAACAGCAAGGGCUGGAGGACAUGGCGUACAUGAAGAUGAAAGGAUUGAAACGCGAGCGGAGGCAAGCC